AUGCAGCCCCCGAGCAGGCAGGAUGACUGUGCCGCCCAUUCCCGGGCUGCCAGCCCGGCCGACCGGCUGCUGAGACACAGAGCCAUGAGCCACUCCAGACACAUGGGCAAGAUAAGGAAAAGGCUGGAGGAUAUCAAGAACCAGUCCCUGAAGCUGACAAAGGUGGACUUCAGCCACAACGAAAGCGUAAGGUUGGCCACCGACGCCUUCCUGGAUGGCGGGACGGAUUCUUACCUCGAGACUUUAAGCAAAGAGGGGGAGGUGGAUUUCCUGUCCUCGGUGGAAGCCAAAUACAUCAAGGAUAACGCCAGGGAGUCCUACUAUGCACAGGAGUCCCUGGCCCCCGAGGGGGCGGCUGCGCCCAAGCAGAACGAUGCCGGGUCGCUCCCUUCGGGGACCUACUUCCCCACCAUUUCUGACAGCAGCGAGCCGGCCCUGCUGCACACAUGGAUUACAGCUGACAAGCCCUACUUGAAGGAAAAAUCCACCGCCACGGUGUAUUUCCAAACAGAGAAGAACAGCAACAUCAGGGACAUCAUACGCCGGUACAUCAACAAGACCACUCAGGUGCUGGCUAUUGUGAUGGAUGUGUUCACAGACACUGAGAUUCUCUGUGACCUCCUGGAGGCAGCCAACAAGCGCAUGGUCUUUGUCUACCUGCUGCUGGACCACAGCAAUAUAGAUCUCUUCUCGGAGAUGUGCGACAAGUUGCAAAUUGCUGAGGAUCUCUUCAAGAAUAUCUCAGUCCGCAGUGUUACUGGAGAGGUUUACUGUGCCAAAUCAGGCAGGAAAUUUUCAGGACAAAUACAAGAAAAAUUCCUUAUCUCUGACUGGAGAUACGUGCUUUCUGGAUCUUACAGCUUCACAUGGCUCUGUGGCCAGGUUCACCGCAACCUCCUCUCCAAGUUCACGGGUCAGGUUGUGGAGCUGUUUGACGAGGAGUUCAGACACCUCUACGCCCUGUCCAAGCCCGUGAGGGGCCCGAAGUCUCCCCCGCGCGCUCUGCCCUUCCUGUUCAGCAAGAGCUGGGCCCCCCAGCGCAGCCUCCCCGACAGCGACGAGGGCAGCGCCAACACUCUCUCCGACCCCUUCAGCAGCCUCUCAGCUGGCAGCGCCCACCGGACCAAGCAACCCCCAAGGACUCUCAUGUUCAGCAGCAGCUUCACCCCCCAGUCACCUCUCCACAGAGUUAAUUCCUUCCACGGCCACAUCUCAUUCCCACCCCCAGCCCCAGCCCCACCGAUGGCUGCCCAGCCUAACUACUACCAGCCACACUACGUGGCCGAUAGCGCCACCGUUCCCUAUAGCAACAUGAACAUUUACAGACCCAUCAGACUUAGACCAGAGGACCAGAACAGGUCAGGGUUAAGCUCACCCUGGAGAUGCCUCCACAAAGCUAACCUGUUUGCAUAA